UUCAAAAUGGCGGCUUUAACGUUCACGGACAAGACGCAUCGUGAUACAAUAGAAUUAUUAUUUAAUAAAAGGAAAGUAAUUAGUAUCAAGAGAUUAAACAGUAAAGUGAAUUGACCAAACCAGAAGCCACGAGUAAGAAGAACAAGAAGAAGGAUUAAUUAAUACGAAAUUUUGAUUAUUCUACUAGAAACACAACUUUGACAACUUUGCUAUUGAUAGAAUCCAAUAGAAACAAAAGAAGAUAAUUAAUCUCCUGGGAUAAUUGCACCAAGCAAUAUUGAAAAGUUUGACAAAUAUUCGGAAGACUUCACUAAAAACAAAGCAAAUUUUCAUCCAAGAAAUAGUAAAUUUUUCCUCAAUUCGAAAUUGCGGAGAAUUGAUAAUAUCGAUCGGACGUUUAUACUGAUUUGAUUCGACAACAAAAAUGGAAAAGUUGGAGUAUAGGCAUUAUUUUCAUUACACAUUUUCGUAAAAUUUGUAAUUGUAAUGGUCAAGGGAAAACUGAUGAAAACUAACAGAAGGGAAUUUAUUUCCGGAUGCUCGUAUAUUUGUCGGAGAGAUGCAAAAUUCGGAUAAUUGUUCUCAAUAUGACGUUGACAGCUUUUGGAACCACUCGCUUGUCGGUCAGCUCGAUUAUCUGCGAAUGAAAUCAGUACAUAAAACUAUUCAAUUUCAAUUUGUGCGCAAAUGAACAUUUUUCCGAAAAUAUUUCUCGCAACAAGAAAAAAAAAAAAAAAAAAAAGAAGGAUUCCGCAAAUAACAUUCAAGAUAAAUUGUUGUUAAGAGAGCAUGAAAGUGGAAAGUGGAGUGGCGACGAGUACAGCCCUCCAGAAGAUCAAGGUGAAAGAAGAAAAGGAAGAAUGCAGCUUUCAACAGCAAACAGGGACAUCUAUGUCAACAGCAACUACGACCGUCACAACAAUCACCACACACUCAAAUGCCAGCAGCAUCUCAGCAAACAAUACCACCACCUCGAGCUUGGGUACUCCUUCAAGCAUGCCAAUCGUAACUCCUUCAAUGACAAGUCUCGUGCAACCCACCCCAGUAAUUUGCCAGCCACCCGCUCUCAAGUCGAGUGUCAACAAUAACAACAAUAACAAUAAUUCAGAACCGUUUUUUAUUGAUCUCGAUCUAAAGGCAAAGACAAAAGUUACAACAACAGCAAUCAGUUUAAAGUCAUCGUCGAGAGAUGAAAGUAACUUUGAAGUUGGAAAUGAAAAUCGACAAUCUUCUCCGGCUCAAAAAUCACAGAAUAACAAAAAUAAUAGUUCUCGAUCGGAAAAUAAAGUCAAUUCAAGAUCAUCGGACAAUGAGAGUCCAUUAUCAUCGCAUCAGACUUUUAUUCACAAUGAAAAAGAUGAUUCAUCUUCAAAAUUGGAGGAAACAACGGGAAAUAGCGCCGAGGGAAAUGGAAUAUCUAAUGGAUCUAAAUCAAUUUCCUCCAUAUUUUCUGGACACAGUAAAUUGAGACGACUUCUUGGUACUCUGGUUCAUUUUGCAAUGGAAAUUUCACUUGAUACCGGAGACACUGUCAGAAGUCUCGUUCUUGGAUUAUUGAAUGGUGCAAUGUCAGCUGAGGAUUUUCAUUCUGCUCUACAAGAAGCUACAAAUUUUCCUCUUAGGGGAUUUGUACUCCCGUACCUGAAACACUCCUUACCCUCUUUGCAGAGGGACUUGAAUGCAGCCGCGAGAAUUAACAAUCAGUCGUGCGUGCAAUAUUUGCGCGCCAAUGAAUCGGCAGUCUUGGAAGCAGUGGGCUUGACUCCAUCGGGAGAAUCGGUGGAACUUUUUGGCGAAAACGUUGGAAAUGGAAAUACAAGUGUGCCCGUACAAUAUGGACUUCGUUCCAAUUCAAAUCCAAGUGUUGCCGCUACUCCACAUUCAAACAGUGCUGGAAAUCUUCAUCACUAUUCGGGAACGUCUCAUCCAACUAAACGAAGAGCUUCAGAUACACCUUACUACGAAAACGGCAAUCUGGAUGACGGUCCAAUCUACGGAAAGCGAUCGUCGAAUCAGUGGAGUAAUCACCAUCAUCAUCAGCAGCAAUCGGACUCUUCUUAUUGUUGGUAUCAGCCUUUACAUUCGGCGGGUGGAUCGAUUCAAGGACAUCCGCACUCACAUGCACAUGGUUCGAGUAUUUUGCCAAAUCUCGUGCAAAUAAAUCAACUGUCAACAUUCGGCGCUUCACAUUUGCCGCAUCAACAGCAACAAUCGUCGAUUGGUCACAGUACAAGUGGACAAAUGCAAAACGGAUCUAGUCUCGACGAUGUGUGGAAGAAUAUUUACGUUAUGCUCGGCUGCAUAUCGAGUAUGGUCGACAAGACAAAGCAAGCUCUAACGAUUCUUCAGCGAAGAGGUUGCACCAGUCCGGCAACACCUUCGACGACAAUUGCUGCCACUGCUCAAAAUGGAAGUACCGCCAGCGGGAAUUCUUCGUCGACAAAUGGCGCUCAAGUUGAGGGCGAUCGCGAGGGCAGUAUUAAGCGAUUGUAUGGCGAAAAUGUCGCGCAAACUAUUCGUGCCACUGAGGAUAAAGUUGCUGAAGUUCAGCGAAGAGCUGAGGAGGCUGUUCAGGAAGUGAAGAGAGCAGCAGUUGCGGAAAUUCAACGAGCUGUCGCAGUUGCCGUGGCGGAGUCUCGAGUGACUGAAAGACUGAGGAUUCAUCGUUUCAUGGAUUCGCCCUUAUCCCAAAGACAUUCGAGCGCUUUGAGGCAAAGUCCCUUUGUUCGAGUUGCAAAUCACGCGGCUGCAAUUUCUGCCAGUGCACAAAAUUCAAGAUGCGCUGCUUCCCUAAACGCCGAGGACGAAAAGGAUCCUCAUCUCACGAGCAUGAUGGGAUCUGGUUGUUGGAAUUGUGGACGACAAGCACUAGAGACGUGCGGUGGUUGCGGAGUCGCAAGAUACUGCGGACCAUUUUGCCAACACCGAGACUGGGAGGCUGGAGGCCAUCAUGCAAAUUGUCACGGUCUCUCUCAAGAUCUACGACGAUCAUCAUCGCAAAGUCCACCACGUGUCGAUCCCUGCAGUGCAAAUGAAACCGAUAGUAAAAAUCCCGUCACCACAAUUCCCAUUAGUUCAAAAUCAAAGUGAUACGACAUGAAAAAUUACAAAAAAGAAAAGAAUCCAUUUUCAGUCUCUCAGAUAAAUUACAAACUCAAUCCUCAUUAUAAAUUGAGAAACAAAAACAAAAAAUGUAAUUAGCUAUUCAGAAUUAUUCGUUUAUAAUUACAACUCUUACGUUUACGAUAUUAAUAUUUAAGAAGUUAUUUAAUAUUAAACUCAAAUAUCCUAGUCAAUUCAUAGAUUUAUAAAAUCAUCCAUUAUGGACAUGUCGUCGACUAUAUUCGAAAAAAAACCAAAAAAAAGUUAAUGAAAUUCUAGUCACUGGAAAAUAAAGAAUUGUCGCAAUAUGUACCGAAUAUUAAAAUAUUUGUUUCAUUAUUAUUAUAAUUAUAAUAUAUAUAUUAUAAAACUUACAAUUUUAAAGAGAAAAUUAUAAAUCUUUUUACAGAAAAAAUAUUCAUAAACUGAUGUACGUUAUUUAGGAAUCUUUGCUCAACUCUAUACUUACAAUUUAGAUUACUGACUAUAAUGUAAUUUUCCCAAAUAAGAAAAUGUUUUUCUCAAUUUUUUUCUUAAAAGCAUUAAUAAUAAGAAGCAUUCUUAAUAAGAAGUUACAAAAUAUGUCUUUUCAAAAAUACACUCUAUGUAAAUGCAAUACGUCUUUCUAGAAUUAAAUGAGAAAUUUGUAUAAAAAGAAAUAAACCGGGUGCAUGAAAUUUUCCCGAAAUCAACUUUGAAUAU